AUAUGUAUUGGAGAACAUUACUUUUCCCACAAGAAACUCUAUUUUCUCGGUUUAGAGAAAAUAGAAAGCGGUUAUCGUAAAUUAUUGGUUUUUUUUUCUUUCCUAAACCAUUAUAAGCCAUACUAAGCAUUAAAAGAAAACUUAUUACAUCAAAUUGUUAUUUAUUUAUUUACAAUAACUGGUUCUGAUGGUUAUUCUGGAUGAUGACGACACAAAUAAUUAUGAACAGAAAUGGGAGAAACAGUGUCUCUAUGCGUCAGAUUCGGACUUGGAUGAGUUUCUUGUCAAACUAUCAGUUUCUUUUAAUAUUUAUAUACCGAAACUUCAAACCUUUACUUCCUACCUCUGUGAUAAAUAUUUACAGGUCGCUCCAAACAUCAAGAAUAUCUUACUUGCUAGAUUCAUCUCACGUUUAAUUACCGAUGUAAUCCAGGAAAACCUGCAAAAAUCCGAUACUUUUGGCUUUAGUGAACUCCUUCAUAAUUCCAUUGAGCUUCUCUGGUGGGCUGGGGGUAAAGAAAAUAAAAAAACAAACCCAUACUUUAGAAUAAUUAUAAGCAUCUUCAGUACAAUUAUGAAAGUUAAUAUCCUAGAGGUUUUGAUAUCGGAAAUAUAUGGUUUUCGUUGUCUUAAGCGUAUAUUAUUCGACUUUAAUCUGAUUAAUCAGAUUGAGCAGUUAGAGUUGUUACUCAAGGCGGUAGACACAGUUGCUGCUCUUGCGGAAAAAUGUCCUGAGCAUAUAAAUGACUUAUCAUUGUCGGAGGGAUACAAGGCUUGCACUGCGCUAUUGGAAACUCUAAGAAAUUGCAGGGCUGACAGUAAAAACAACUUGAUUCCAUUAUUAUCCAUUAGAGAUCAACAGCAUCUCGCAUUAUUAAGGAUGAAGAUGCCUCAAAAGCUAUCAGAUUUACCUCACUUUUUAACAGCUCUUGAACAACGGAAAAUAGAGUCAUUCCGGGAUUUAAUAAGAGGCUUUCCGUGUAUAGGUUGUCACAAACAAGCACUUAAUCAUACUUUUCCUAAUAAAUUCUUUACGGAAUAUGAAUCAGCGCCAUCAGAGUGCUUUCGUCUUCCAUUUGAAUUCAAUGAAGACGAUAAGCUUGGACCAUGGGAUAUCUUGCUGAGCGAGGACACAAUCAAAGACCUGCAACAAUUGGAAUCAACACCUGAAAUAAUUAGGAUAAUUAUGAAGAAACUUGGUCAUAUAUCAUCUGGAGAAUGGGACAAACAUGAAUUGAGAUGUAUAGCAGUGCAAACUAGUGAUAAAGUGCAUGUACAUAGUACUAUUCCUGUUUAUGAGGUAGUACUUCCCAAUGAUGAUCUGAAAAUUCUUUGGCAGGUUGAUUAUGGAUUCACUAUUCGUAGCAAUUCACUUACACAACUUGUUAAGAUUUGGGCUGUCACUGAUAAUCAGGAACAACUUAACAAAAUAUUGAAAAAUCUUUCAAUAGUUCAUCAAGUAUAUACUCCGAAUCAGAGAUAUUGGUGUACGAAAAAAAACAUUGAAGAUAAUAAAAUUUUACCAAUAAGUCUUGAAGUAGAUGCAGAAACUUUUAAAGAUAGAAUGUAUAGUUUAAGAACAGAUGAUGAGUUGUUAAUGAUUCAUGAGAUGAUUGUUACAAAUAAGUUUGUUCCAUUAUCAACGAAUUUGUAUAAGUCACUCGUCUUGGGUGGUCUUAAUUUUACUUUCCAGGUAUCCAAGAAUGAGUAUGAAAUUAUUAACUGUCCUACGUCAGCGAUUGUUGUUGGUCGAUCAGGGACUGGCAAGACUACAUGCAUUGUGUAUAGACAGCUCGCUUCAUACCUAAACAGCCAACUCUACAAAACCCCAUCUUUAUAUGAUAAUAACAGAAAUUUUUAUAAAAGGCAAAUCUUUAUUACAGUAAGCCCAACUUUUCGUUAUCGGGUGAAGAAACAUUUUUACACAUUGCGAGACUCCGCUAUGCUUUCUAGGAAAGAGAUAACUAAGAGGAAAUUUCGCGAAUAUAGAAAAAAGAUAGAGGAAGAAGGCGCUUCCGCUCCAAUAAUGCACGAAGAGAAAGACGAGGAGAAAGAAUUAAAUAGUAUUCCAGACACAUUCAAUCAUCUGCAGCUGACAGAGGACAAAUUUCCUUUGUUUAUUACUUUCGAUAAGUUUGUUAAAAUGCUUCAGGGAACUUAUGGCAUUAAUAAUCAGGACCUGAUCAUAAAAAAGAAGUUGAAUUCGAAUAAUAAUGAUUCAUAUAUUAAAAAAAAUAACCGAAAACCCUCUUUCAUCAAUAUGGAAGACAAGAAUUUUGUAAAUUACAAGGCCUUUCAGAAAAGGUAUUGGCCUUCACUUAGUGAUUAUUGUAAUCAAAAAUUUGAAUGCGAGUUGGUUUACUCUGAAUUUUCUAUCAUUAAGGGUACAAAUCCUGAAGUAGAUUUCUUAUCAAGAGAGGAUUACAGAGACGUCAGUACCAAAAAGUAUCCAGUAUUUCUCUAUAAUCGGGAACAGAUUUAUGAUUUAUUUGAACAUUAUGAAAAGAUGAAGGCGCGAAAUAAUGAAUAUGAUUCGAUGGAUCGAACGUUAGCAAUCCUUCGUUAUGCCGAAAAAAAAGCAUUGGGUAGCCUACAUAUUCAUGAAGUAUAUAUUGAUGAAUGUCAAGACAAUCACAUUGUGGACUUAGCACUUAUCCUAAAAGUUUUUGAUCGUGCUAGUAGCAUUUUUUUAGCCGGAGAUAUAGCUCAAUGUAUUGCUAAAGGGUCUUCUUUCCGAUUUCAAGAUUUAAAAGACUUGAUGUAUAAAUGGGAACAUACUCGGGUACCAACCAAAAAUCAUAACGUUAUAAAACCGAAACAAUUUCAUCUGGAUAUUAAUUAUCGAUCUCACGAUGGAAUUCUUCAACUUGCUGCUUCAGUAGUUGAUCUAAUUCAUCACUUUUUCCCUAAUUCUAUUGAUAAACUGCCACGUGAACGUGCUGAAAUCGGUGGUCCGCUGCCUAUUAUCUUUGAUGGAUUUCAAAAGGAAUAUUUUAAAAUCUUCUCCACGACUGAUAAAGAUCAAAAUUCAUUUAUUGAAUUUGGUGCUUAUCAGGUGAUUAUUGUACGUGAUGAUGAUGCCAAAUCACGUUUGAAGAAAUUAAUCGGUAGAGGUGCAAUGGUGAUGACCGUGUAUGAUGCAAAGGGUAUGGAAUUUAACGAUGUGCUUCUAUAUAAUUUCUUUACUGAUUCACCUGCGCUUCGAAAGUGGCGAGUAAUUCUUUCUAUUUGUAAGGACAAUUCUGAGGGUGUUCCGACCUUUUCGCCCGAGAAACAUUACAUUCUUUCUUCAGAGCUCAAACAUCUAUAUGUCGCAGUAACCAGAGCUAAGCAGCAUCUCUGGAUAUGUGAUGAAAAUACUGAGUGUAGUAUGCCAAUUCGAAAGUAUUGGGGCGGGCUAUUUAACGUAAAUGUAUUAAAAGAUCAUCGCUUUCUUAGUGACAAACAAAUUAAAAAAAUUCGUAACUUACAAGAGUGGUGGGCUGAAAGAUUAGUUAAAAUUCAUAUUCGCUAUCAAUCACCACAGAUAAGUUGUCCGGAGAUCACUUACAUG